CUUAAUCAGUAUUCGUAAAGCUAACGCCUCAGUAUGUUUUUCCUGCAACGUGGUUUCGUGACAAUCGUGACAUUUUCAAUUCUAAUUCUUAUAUACACUGACACGGUUUCCUGCGACAGCCAACAAGCUUCAGAAAACCCGUCAGAUGAGCUUAACAGUUUUGUCACCGUGCUCGCUGAAUAUAUGCUAAAUCACACCGAUGAAGUGAGCUCUCGUUUUAUAAAAGAUGAGCAGACCAUAAAGGAAGUUCUACAAAAGCAGACUGAAUUGAAUAAAGAAAUUAAUGUCCAUCAUACAACUACAACAAAUGCUGAUGAAAUUAGUACGCCACGCAGCUGCGCGGAAAUUCUGCCAAAUCUGUCUGCUGGCAACAGCGGUAUCUACAAUAUAACACCACUAAAUAUGUCACCAUUCGAGGUGUUUUGUCUCACCGAUCCGAAAGGUGGUUGUGGCUGGACACUGGUUUGGCGACGCAAUGAAAUAAAUGACGAUUUCAAUCGCACUUGGGCGGAAUACCGUAACGGUUUCGGUGAAUUAACGGAUAAUUUCUUCAUUGGCUUGGACAAGUUAUACGCUUUGACCAUUGCCGAACCACAACAGCUACGUAUGGGUAUUAAAUAUGGUUCGAAUAAUUGGGAGUUGGAUAUUUUCGAUGAAUUUGUAGUCGGUAAUGUGUGUACACAAUACGAGUUGGUCAUCACGAAUCCACAGAACAAAAGAAGAAUUUUUAAACGUUUGAACAAACGGGCACAUUUCUUUACUAAGGAUUUGUCAAGCUCGUCGAAAAAUGAAGAAUGUGCGAAGGCGAUGGGUAUGGGUUGGUGGUACACAGACGAUUGCAAAAAUUAUUUGAAAUCACGCGUAUAUUAUAGGUACAUAAAUUCACCGACUUAUAUGGUUAUACGUCCGCAGAGUUGCGAUAUUAAGAACUGAACAGAUUCCAUAUAAUUAAAAUAUUAUAAAUAUAUGUAUAAUGAUUGUGAAAAGCCUUUCGAAAAUAUAAUUACUCUUAUUUAAUCAUA